CCCGAAGAAUACGAAGAUGAAAAAUUGGGGGGCGCUCGUGUAAUCUUUGUGCUUCAUGCCGUGCUUCUUCCGGAUUAUUACGUCAUCAAGAAGUGCCAACAGGUGACGAUUGGUUUGCUUUGGUCGUCACAAGCCACCACUGUCUACACAGGUUGUCAGCAGCAUACCUUCAAAUAGGCAUACCUGUGGACACAAAAGUGAGUUGAUUUAACUCAUCUUGUAUAUAAAUGACCUGCAUGACUGAGCAUGAUUACAAAAGCAACACCUGGGCAAUGAAUGCAGGAGGUCCGCAAGCAUUUAUCACAAGCUUCAGAGCAGAAGAUGUGGAAAAACUGACUGCCCGAUGGAAACAUGGCCUGGGCAGGUCAAAAUAUAAACCGGCAGAAUAUGAUAGGGUGCAAGCCAUUGUUGAUGCCAAACGACUGGAGAGUGCCUUAAUUGCCAAAAAGGUGAAGAGGACCCAAUGUGUGGCCAAGGAAAUUAAAGAGUGCGACAUAUUACGCCAACACAGGCAGGUGUGGAGCAGAGAAUGCCCUAGGCUGCAAAAAGCAGAGGUGAAGGCUGAGAGUGACUUGCAUGAUUUCAUAGAAAAUGUCCGGCCAUUUGGCAUCGAAGACACUGCUAUCUUUUCACUUAAAGAUUAUGAGGUGUUCCUGGAGAGGGACCGAAAAGCAUUCAUAAUGGGCACUGUCGAGCCAGUUUAUCAGCUAAAGGAGGAUCUGUGCUUCAGGCUCGAUCAAGAACAAGAACAGCAGCUCAGCCCGGCUCCAUCAAACUGGGAACAAGUGCAACAUCAGGUAAAUCUUGUGAAAGACCAGCAAGAUAUCAUAACUGCAAAACUUCAAGAGGAGUACUGUAAUUUAGAAGAGGAAAUCACAGGCCUUGGUUUGGAGAAAUUUAUACCGACUUUAGAUAACUUGGCCAACAAAGACGACAUUCCGACAGAAAUUUUGGAAUCAGACUGUCCUUAUCCUGAGCUGAAGGAGUCUCUGAUCCAGACCUUCCAUUCAUUGUCAGAAAUACACCACAGUCGGCUACAUUGUCUUCAAGAACACCUGAAAAGAACAGACAGAUAUUGUGGUUGGUGUCCGGAUGACCACCUACGCUUCCAUUUCACCUUAUCUCAAUACACUCAAGAAAUCCCCAACCACCGGGCACUAUGCAAUCAUAUGCUCCAAAGAGUCUUCCCAGAGAAAACUAAACAUGACCUGAUGGAACAUGAGCGUGCAUGGGCCAGGCAGCGGUUCACCCAAACGCAGAUAAAGGUACUGACCCAGCAGUGGCAGCAGGACCAAGAAGAGCUCCUGACCAAAGCACUAGCCACCCUGCAGGAAGCAAGGGAUGCCUACCAGGAGGAGCUGGAGCUCCAAAGAGACCGCCAACACCAGCAGGACAUCUGCUUUCGCCUCAGAGAAAAGCUGCAGCAGUGGCGGUCCCAUCAGGAGGAGGUGGCCCAGCUGCAGGCGUCCAUCGCUGCCAGACAACAAGAAGAAGCUGAGGCCAUAUUAAAGAGGGAGCAGGAAAAGGAGGCCGCCCUCAGGGCACAUCAGAAGGAAAAGCUCCGGAAAUUUCAUUUGGAGCAGCAGAAGAGGAGGGAGGAGCUGGAGCAGAGGGAUCAGGAGAGACUGGUGAAACUGAGGAGUGCCAUGGAGGAGCAGGCCAGGCAAGAUAGAGACAGGGUGCGGUUUCGGGCUGAGGUGUUGCAGCGACGCAAAGAGGAGAGGGAGGCCAGUGAGCUGGAGCGGUUCAGGGAGGAACUCGAGAAGCAGAAUCGACUGGAAGCACUCCGAAACCAGGUUGCGGUGGUGGCAGAGGCUGACACGGAGAGGAUGAUGGGAGGCACUCAGGCUUGGAGGAAUCGAUAUCUAACCAUCAAAGAAGUUGCUAUCCAGAAACCUCUCUUCGGACUCAACACGUACACAGAUGCACAGAUUGUAGCUGAUCCCAGAUUACGGAUCGAGCAGGCCUUGAGGGAGGCCGGUCUGCACCAUACUCCGUAUGCCCAAGAGGUCCUGUCACAUAUCAAGCCCCCAAAACCACCAAGACGAGACACCAAAUCAGCGCUGCAAUUUUAACCAAGUUGUGGAUGAGGAAGUACUUAUUAAUUACCAUUAAUCAUUACAAUUAAUUAAUCAAUGCUGUUAUUGUUGUUUUUAGUCAAGUCAAGUUAAGGCAAAGAGUCAAGUGAAGUUUUAUUUGUUAAAUCCAUAAGAUUUGCGCACUUCUAAAGGAUCCUGAUAACUUUAGAAUAAUCUAGAGCAGUGGUCCUGAACUGGUUUGUCUGCGGGAUCCCACCAUCACCCCUCAAAGACAAUUGGUGACCCAAAAUGCGGGAAUUUUUCAACUCAAACUUCUCAUUUAUCUUCUAUUUUAAGAGACUGUUUUCAACACAACAUGAAGCGGCUAUCCACAAGGAAACGUUUUCAGGUCAAAACGCCAAAGUAUGUUAUCGUUUCAGCCUCACAUCCACACGGAAACAGCGUUCUGGGUGCCCUGAAACGGUAUUUUUGGAAAACGGCCUCCAGAGUGGGGAGAAUCUGGUGUCUGCUUGUCCUUUUCGUGUAGACAGCCUACACGAAAACGGUGACGUCACCGACCCACUGCCACCCUGUCGCAAUCACAUGACCAGAAGUGAGCUUUGACGACAAGCCAACAUAAUAUCUGAAUAUAUCAACGGACAUGACCCACCCCAGGAGACAUUCUCCUGAUAUUUUAUUAUAGUUAAUAUAUAUAUAUAUAUAUAUAUAACUAUAUAUAUAUAACUUUUUUUUAUUAGGAAUAAUUAUUCGUUUAUGAUUCCCUUCGGAUGUCACGUCUACAUUUUGGUUCAGGGUUUUCUUGUUGCUCUGUUAUGUUCAUUGCCUCAUGGAUGAUGAGUCUGUAUGUUCUCAUCGAUUGUGGCAAGUCUUUUCCCAUGUGCUCUUCCUGCGCUGUGUGCUUUUGGAUUUUGAGAUUUGUCUUUUUUUAAUCUUGCUUUUUAAGAAUUUUCAACUUCCCCCUGCUUCCUUACGUUAUUGAUCGUCCUUAUCCUGUUCAGGGUCAUCAGAGUAGUUUCUCAGGUCACCUAUCCCAGGCCAAGCCAAUCAAUCACAGUUUAGAAUGAGCAUGAUACAUUUUUUAAAACAUUUUUUUAAACAUUUUUGCCACUUUGUGGCUUUUUCAGCUGAAAGAUACACAAUUAACACAGAAAAAUUCCCCUUAACUCAGAUUUUCAUUAUACUUUUUGGGUUUAGCUGUAUAGACUAACAGGCCACUGCACCUGCAGACUCCAUCAGGAUUCAAUAGAAGCACAAUAUGAAAAAUUCUGCCUUAAUAGUAAUAUUAAUACCGCUUUGUUUGUUUGACACUGUCAGGGCGAUAUUCAUUUCACAGUGUGUUUAUUAUUGUGGUUGUAGUUUGUUGUGGUGUACAACUGCACACCACCCUCUCUCGUAACAUCAGGUAGCCAAAAUAUUAGAAACAGCUGUCAGUAUAUGAUGCAAUGCAUGCAGAAUUACCUCAGCAUCUUACUGAACACAGUUCUAACUUUAUUAAAAUUGUGAUUCUCGGUUUUCUAUGCGCACCUUAUGAGCAGCAUCAAACAGUAUCGACAGUCACACAGACAUGAAUAUUUUAUUUAAUGAGACUACAUUGUACCAGCAUUAGACGACUAAAGUGACUAUGUUUAUGUGUGCUCACAAGUUAGUCAUGAGUAAAAUCACAGAUGAUUUAUAUGAGCUUCUUAUCGAAAGCAUUAAAAGAGAUGAUGCUAGGAAACUUAGCCACUAUACUUGCAGUGCAUUUAUAUUUCACUGAAAACCUUGCCUCAAGGUUUUUCCGAAUUGUUCCUAUAGUUUUUGGAGAUAGCAUGUACUACCAAACAACCGGAAAAGAACAUCAUUAGAAAAAUCCGUAACACGGGUACCAAACUAUCACACAUUCAAUGAUACAAUACAAACUUAAAUUAAUGUUAUAUAAUAUUUAACUUAAUCAAGCAUCUUUAGUGUCUUGAAAUGCACAUAUGAACAUGUUAAGUACAGUAUAUACACAUCAGUUAAAUCUAUAUACAUUGAUUUAAGAGGGCUACGGCAGUGUUGUGCUUUUAGACAAUAUGUCCAAGGCGUUUCUUGAUAAAGUGGGCCACCAGAGCUUGUGGUCUCUGCUGGUACUCCACCAGAACAUCAUGAGGGGACGUGAUCUGGUCUCCCUCAAAGCGGUUCAGCAAUGUGACACAGAUGACAGCCGCUGGCGUCGGACAAAAACACAAAACAGUCAACAUCAGUAGAACCAAAAAACAUACACGCUCCAACUUGUAUUUGUAACUCAAGUGUAGAAGUGGCUCAUUCUGACAUGUUAUGCAACAAGAUAAAUCACCUUUGAGGCCACACACACGGCACAUGGCUGCGAAGACGGUUGACUCCAUUUCAAUAUUCCUCACUCCAGCUUCAUAGGCUUGCCUCAGAUACUCCAGCUUUUCCUCAUGGGAGAAGGAGCACAGAGCCCCAUCAAGUCGACCCUGACCUAUGAUACAAAAUAGAGCAGUUAACUCAUGAAACACAUUUUAUCACAGGUGAUUCUUUUCAUAUACAAUGUCGACCUUCAUAGAAAUCGUGUGUGCACAAGGUGUUUCCAAUCACAGUUGGAAGGUUUUGGAGCUCAGAGGAGCACUGCAGAAGCUCACUAGCCACCCCCUCAUCCAGUUCAGUGCUCCGGGUGAUCACUUUACCCAGAACCACCUGCUCAAACUGGGGCCUGAAGGAGUAGUCCACUGCUUUGUCUGUAACCACCACCGUGCCUGGUGCCAAACCUGGAUGAGGAAGGAAAAUGUUGCUCUUGAAUUGGAACUUUUUUUGAGUGUCAUGACUUUGGAAAGUUGAAGAAAGGAAAAAAAAUUUUUUAAAAAAAUUACCAACACCACCAGAUGUUCCCAAGCGAAAGAGGAUCACGUCCCUGCAGUGGGCAUGGUGCAGCAGUUUGAUGAGCUCAUGCAGCAUGAUAGAGAUCGAUGGGACACCCAUGCCAUGCUAGAAGACAACACAAGUCAUAUUUAAAACGGCCAUGCAUGCCGCAGUUCUACUUGUAGCAGUGUGAGGUGCAGCAGCUUGAGGAAAAUAAAAAACUCUGAGCUUUUCAAAAACUCAAGAUGCUUAAGAGCAAACAAAUAUGAGUGUACAAAAUAGUAAAAUCCAUCCACCCAUCUUCUACCGCUUAUCCGAGAUCGGGUCGCGGGGGCAGCAACCUAAGCAGAGAGGCCCAGAUUUCUCUCUCCUCUGCUACUUUGUCAGCUCCUCCUGGCGGGUCCCGAGGCGUUCUCGGGCCAGUUGAGAGACAGUCUCUUCAACGUGUCCUGGUUCUUCCCCGAGGCCUCCUACCGGUCGGACGUACCCUGAACACCUCCCCACGGAGGCGUUCGGGAGGCAUCCUAACCAGAUGCCCGAGCCACCUCAUCAGGCUCCUCUCUAUGCGGAGGAGCAGCGGUUCUACUCCGAGUUUCUCCCAGAUGACGGCGCUUUUCACCUUACCUCUAAGGGAGAGCCCAGGCACCCUACGGAGAAAACUCAUUUUUGCUUGUACCCGCAAUCUUGUGUCUUUUCGGUCACUACCCAAAGCUCAUGACCAUAGGUGAGGGUAGGAACGUAGAAGAACCAGUCAAUUGAGAGCUUUGCAUUUCGGCUCAGCUACCUCUUCAGCACAACGGACCGAAGCAGAGUCUGCAUCAGUGCAGACACUGCACCAACCUGCCUGUCGGUCUCUUGUUGCAAACGGACUCGUUAGGUGCAACAUUGUACGAAAACCGAGGCAACAUUUUGGUGAAAACCCAGUCAUGUGAAAACCGGGGCAUAUGAAAAACUGACAUUGAUCUGAACAGUAAUCCCUUGUUUAUUGCGGAUAAUUGGUUCCAGACCCGACCGUGAUAAGAGAAUUUUUGCAAAGUAGGAUUCCUUAUUUAUCAAUUUCCAUCGUUACUGCAUCGAAAAUCUGUUUACAAUCUUAUAAAUACAGUUGUUUUUAAAAUUAUUAGAGCCCUCUCUACACACCCAUAUAGUCGGUUUUACAUUCACAUUUUCCCAAUAUAGUAGAUAUAAUCAGAGAAAAUAAGCCUUUUAAGAUGGGAGUAAAACUCGUGCUCGUGUUCCUUGUGGAGGACAGGAAGUGUCGUUGGGGGGUUCAUAGUUGAGUUUUAGUUUGUGUGUUUCCGCCGCAACAGUAUCCUCUGUUAUUAUGAUUUAUAAUUAAUAUUAUGGUGUGAAAUCAUUUAAAUCUGCAAUAAAAGUAAAAGCUUGUCUCACUGAACAAUUGCUGACACCUAGUGACCAAUGUAGAACACUACAUUCACAAUUUGAGUGCGUCUUAAUGAGGAAUGAGGCUUUAUUUGGCUUAUAUUUGUAUUUUUGCUCAUUUAGACAUUUUUAUGCUUGAAAAUGCUUAAUUUUGGCACAAAAAAACCCUGCUUAAAUGUGCAUAUUUUUUAACUAAUAACAAGUUGUAUUCAACCAGUAAACAACAUGAUUUCCUAAUAUAUGUUUAAAAAAAUGAUAGAUUGGUGUUGCAAAAUUCAAACUGCAAAGUGUUGAGGGACGACUGUAUAGCGUUUAAUGGGGAAUGGAGGGUUAGGCUUGUAUAUUCUUUGAGUGGAUUCUCACUAUACCGCUCUUUAGAAUACUUACGUUUAUAGAAAGUACUGGUCCCACUUUAUACAUGCAGUAGCGGUCAGUUCCCUCGCAUAUAUCUCGGAUUUCGGCUGGGUUGCCGGGCAGUUUCAGCUCCUCGUGGAUGAACUGGGCAAAGGCCUUCAUGCGAUUGGCGCUGCCGCCAACACACACAAACUAUAUGAUGAAACAGAGGUUAUAUCAGAUCAUAAGUUGCCUUUAAACUCGAUAGAGGAGUGCUUUUGUGAUUCUAGUACCUUAAUGUCGCCAAACAUCUCCGGCAAGUUGUGAGACUUGGUGCUCAUGCUGAAGUGGUACAGAAUGUCCUCCUCCAUGGUAUCCAAGUAGGGAUUUUUCACCUGGACUUGUUGUCUAAAGAAGGAAAUGCAGCUUAUUAUUCACCCUGAUAGACUUUCUAAGAUGAUGGGGGAAUAAAAGGUGGACUUACUUGAUGUAUUCACUGUGGUCAUUUCCCAUGCAGUUCAGUAGAAUCGGUGCCAUGACUGCAACAACAACAAAAAAAUCAAGUUACCGCUAUUAGCUAUUCAAAUAUCACAGCUGUUGUCCCAACUAGAGUUGCUCUCCAGAGCUGAUAUAGUGGUGACCUCUGACCUUGCCACUGAUUGGCUCCGGGCAGAGGAGUGGCAAACACGCACACCAAAACACCAACCAACCCCUAGAGAAGCAAGAUCAAUCCACUGGAAAAAUGAUUGAUCUGCGUGCAAUGCGUCCGAAUCCGUGCAGCACAGACUAGCGGAUGCGUUGUGACAUUGGAACACGCUGAUAACCUUUAUUGUGACUUUGUCAAAACAAUGACAGGCUGCAUUGUGAGAGCAAAUACAAGUCUGGGAACAUUCUGACGAGCCUUUAUUACAUCAGUCUGUAACAGAGGAAACCUUUGCAUUGCAGCGUUUGUGAGUCAUAUACCGCAACAUACUGUCGCUUGCUUGCAUUCGGCCAGUGAGACAUCAUGAGUUCAUAGUUGCAAUAAAGACUGUUUUACAGCUAAGUAUUUAAUAAAAAUACACCACCGGUUGACGGUUAUUGGAUAGAUUUAGCACCAGAAACGUAAAUCUAUCUUUUUACAGCCAUCACUGUAUUCAAACAUUUAACAGGACUUGUCCAGGCUGUUAGUGUCUGAAUGAGGCCAUACUCGGGGGCAGACUGGCCAGUGGGGGUACCAGGAGUCUUCCCGGUGACCCGGUCAGUAACGCGCCGAUUUAUUUACUGCUGCACCUUACUUUGGUAAUUACGCUAACUACCUCACCCGGGCUGGCUCCAGUAGUCGGCAUAGUCAAGGCGGCACCCCCAUGCGCGGAACACACACACGAUCCGUGGGGGACACAUAUUGCACAAGGGGGCGCAUUUUCUGUGAAUUAAAUUUACCGUGUAUGAACGCUGUUACAGGCCGAUCCUGGCCCUUUAAGAAGAAUUGCAUUGUGGGAUGUUGGGUGUCUCCCUUCCCUCGCUUCUGUCUGCACCGCUCAUUGUUUUCUGAAUCCUGAUUGGCUAUAGACCAUUGUCAGUCAAUCUCCUUCGUGCCGCCCUGCGUGUCUCCUAGCUUGCUAGCUCGUAAAUGAAUCUUCAGUUUGAAGGACUGCAACAAUAUGUUUUAACAAGGAUACAAAAAUGCUACAGUACAGCGAAACGGCGCCAGGACGAAAAGGAACGGUCACAGGAGAAAAAAUCAGCUUGAGUGAAUCAUUUCUUGUGUCCUACCUGCAGGUUGAUCAUUAAAUUCAAACGAAGGUGUGAACUUCUUUGAGAGUGUUUAAACAAGAGAGAAAUGUGAUCAAAUGUUAAUGCCCGUCUGAGAAAAGUAUAUGGUGAGGGGCUUUAAAGCCUUAAAACAUCCAUAAUCAUUGUAAAAAAAAAAAAAUGAGUUGGCAAUUUUGCGGAUUUCACUUAUUGUCGGCUGCUUUGGGAGCCUAUCCUCCGCGAUAAACGAGGGAACAUUGUAUUUAUGAUGAGUGGUCUUGCCCAGGGCCAAUUCCGAGGGUCCCUGGCAAAUACCGGAAAUUCUGGUGUAUAAGCCGCACCCACUAAAUUUAAAGGAAAGAACAGAUUUGUACAUACAGCUGUAUAUAAGCCACACUGGUGCAUAAGCCGCACGUGUCCACGUCAUAAAAUGGCAUAUUGUGGUGCACACAAGUCCGUGAGGACCAGGCAGCUCUUUAUUUGAAGGAGCCAAUCAUGAGCUAUGAAAAAAUGAGCUUGUCAACCCACUGGAAAUUGCAGGAGGUCAUUACUCAAUAUAAGAGUCUGACUCAAGGUGUCAUCUUACAUAGAACACUAAACUCAUAACCUAAUAAAUAUACAAACAUGUGUCAAUACAAGUUUAUAUUUUAGUUCGAGAUAACAAAAUUAACAGAAUAAAAUAAUGAAAAUAAAUACCUAAAUAAAGA